AUGAAGGUCCUCCGCGUCAAGCAUGCCGAGCGCGUCCUGUCGCUGCCGCUGGGCGCCGACGGGUCGUCCGUCGCAGAGCUCAAGAAACAGCUCGAGGCGCUGACGCACGCGCCCGUGGACCAGCAGCGGCUCAUUGUCAAGGGCAAGGUGCUCGCCGACGACGCCGUUGUGGCCGACGACGGGCGCACCGCCGUGCUGCUAGUGCGGCCGUCCGCCGACGCGAUCGCGGCCAUGAACGAACAAGAGGCUGCGCUCAAGAAGCUCGAGGAGACGCGCGCCUCGCGGCCGAUUGUGAGUAUUCAAGCCAAGAACGAGGUCCUGAGCGCACGCGCCCACGCCGCACGCGCGUACCGCUUCCACGAGAUCCAAACGCUGCCGGGAUUGCCGGACGAGGCCAGGGCGACAGCGAUCCUCACGUCGCUGGCGCAGGACAAGGGCAUUCUGCACGUCAUGGCCAAGCACAAAUGGAGCGUCGGUGCGCUGGCCGAGAUGUAUCCGGACGGCAAGGUCGGCGUCGACCCUGUCUGCGUCUUGGGCCUCAACGAGAACAAGGGCCAGCGCAUUCUCUUGCGGCUGCGCACUGACGAUCUCCAAGGCUUCCGCAAGUACCUCACCAUCAAGAAGGUGUUGUACCAUGAGCUCACCCACAAUGAUGUGAGCGACCACAACAAUGAGUUUUAUCAACUCAUGCGCCAAGUCGAAGCUGAGUGCAACACCGUUCCAGGGACUACAACGUCCCUGGACGCGCCGACCACGUCACCGACAGUCGCUGCACGAGGCCACGUGCUGGGCGGCUCAAUACCUGUCGCAAUCGAACCGCGGCAGCUGCGAGUAGAGCGUGCGCUCGAGCGAUUCACUGCGCUUCAGUCGACGCCCAUCGAGGCAGCACACCACGUGACCUCCCCACUUUCACCAGCCCCUGCCUCGGUAUCAACACCGGCACUUGUUUCGACACCAGCACCCGCCUCGGCACCAGCACCUGUCUCGGUGCCCGCGCCACCGACGCCAUUGACUCGUCCAUGGGAUCUACCUACCAUUGAGCUCGACACGGCGCUGCUGGAAAGCUUGGGCGAGCGUGAGCAACGCGUUGUAUCGGCGGCCGUCGCCCUCCGCGCGCGCCUUGUUCAUGAGCCGCGUUCGCAGCAGUCGAACGUGCUCCGGUCCCUUCACGCUGUGCUAUCCAACAUUUUGCAAGCGCCGACGAACCAAUUGUACCGGCGGCUGCGCAAGACGAACGCGCGGAUUGCCAAUUACAUCAUCGGCGUUCCGCCAGCGCUGGAGCUGCUCCACCACAUUGGGUUUGUCGACGAGCUCCCAGAGCACUUGGUCCUCCAACGCGACGACCCAGGUCUUAUUUGGCUCGGCAAAUCGCUUUUGGACCCGCUCGUCGAGUCGAUUCAUUAAGUGAUUCAACG